AUUAAUACAACCCAUUAUUAGAUAGUGAAGUUAUCCUACAUGUUUUUUAGAUACGAUUGGCUAUUUAAGGAUAGAACAACAAUACUGAAAAGUAAUAUGCAACACAAUAUAAUAGAGAAAAUUUUAAACGAUAAAAUAUUAUGGAUUCUAAGUCUAUAUUGUAAAUUUAAUCCUUUCAAUCUGGCUGCAAUACAGAAUUUCAAGUUUCAUCAGUUUUGCUAUACUCUAUUACUAUUGUGGGAAUUUAUUGUAAUGAAUUUGUAUGCGUUUAUUGGUUUUUACUAUGUAUUAAACGACAUUUUCUCAGUAUUACAAUUAUUUAUAUUUAUAACGAUGGAUUUAAAAAUGUUUCUAACUACCUAUAGACUUUCGACAAAAUAUGAAGAAUUAAGAAAAUUAUUCGAUGCAACGAGAAUUGAUUUUCUAUCUUCUAGUUAUAAAGAAAAAAAUAUAUUUGAACAUAACAAGUCAAUGUGUACUAAAAUAAUAAACAUAUACAUUUUUUUAUGUUUUUUGUUGAUACCACUUUGGAUCCUUAUUCCAUUAUUUGUAAAGGAAUAUCCAUUUAAAAAAAGAGAUGGCAGUCUGAUAAUUUAUCGGAACAACAUCUUAAAUUCAUUUUUCAGUUUUAUACCAAUUUCUAUUUAUGAGCAAAUUUAUCCAAUUGUAUUUACAUUUGAAGCUAUUAAUGUAUUACAUAUUAUUUUUAAUGUACUUUUCUGCAAUUUAAUAAUUAUAGAAUUUUGUUGGAUGUUAUCAACUCAGUUGAAAAUUAUUGCUUUAAAAUGCGAAACAUUUGGUUACAACAAUUUAGACUUAGGUCAAAAAAACGAUUGCAUUUCCAUGAUAAAUUUGAAAAAAUUACUUUUAGACCAUACAAGGUUAAACAUAUCAAUAAAAAAUUUUUAUGAUAUCAUGAAACCGUUGACAAUUUAUAGCUUUGGAUACUAUUUCGAUGUUUUUAUUUUAUAUACAUUUUUGAGUAUUUUGGCAUUUAAAAAAAAUGAUUAUGUUUUAUCAUUUACUUCAAUGAAAUAUUUAUUAACAACAUUAAUGAGUUCUUUCAAUUUGUUUAUAAUAUGUUAUUUUUAUAAUCAUCUAGAAAAUGAAGAAUAGUGUGCCGUCGUGUGGAGAGAGGUGAAUGCGUUAGGACAGUCUAGUCUCAAGGCCAUAGACGACGGGAUACGCGAUAACGCGUGGCGUUUGGAGAGUUACAAACAUACAUACAUACAUACAUACAGGUGAAACUAAUAUAAGCGUGUUAAAAAGAAAGCAAAUAAGCAAAAGAUGCAUUGAUGUUUGAAAAAAACGGUGCGAUGAGUUCGGCGUCUCGGGCGAUGUCACGAAGAUGACUUACUUUACGUAUUAUUGCGGCGGGUACUCGACGUUAGGCAUUUAUUGGACUUAACACCACGACCAUAACGCGUGUGUAACGGUCCGGUUUACAGUGGAGCGGUGGCUGAGAAGGAGCUGACACGACCGUGGGGUGUUAACGGGUGACAACGUUGUGGCCGUGUCAACACAAUCUAAAAGUCAAUAUUUAUUUAUUUAUGAUGUACAAUGCAAAAGCAUUGUACAUCAUAGCCACAUUAAACAAAAGAUAAAUAAUAGUAUAGAUACAAGGGCAAAUCUAAAUAUAAUAAACGUGGAAUUCAUUAAAAAUACAACUUUCCGCUUCUACAGCUUCUACAGCUUCAACAUUUAUUUAGAGCGUUAGAAAACUAAAAAUUCUUCUCAAGGUUAGAUCUUAAUAAUAACUUUUUUCAAAUCACUAUAAUAAAGCAAUGUCAACAUUUACUUUUAUUUACAAGUGCAUGUGACUUAAUGACGAUUCGAUGAUUUCCUAUUUGUUUUCGCAACAUUUCAGCAGUAUUUAGAAAAAAAUUUAAUAAUCCUUUUUUAGAAUUCUUAAAAUAAUCAUUUAUGAUUUAUAAUGAUGAUUAAGCAUAUUUCGGAAGCUUUGGAAAAUCUCGAAAAAGUAUUUAAAAUUAUACUCAAAAUAAAAACAGCUAAAUACACAUAAUUCUAAAAAAAGACCUAUUAGGCUUUCGUAUAACACGCAAUGGCAUAAAACCGUUAAGCCAUAGCGGACUUUCCGCACUCCAAAACGAUUAAAGAUGUUAUUUUUGAGGCUUAGCUCUUUAUACCGUAGGUACAUAAAAUCGUUCCAUAGAUCGCCAGUUACCUUACAAAAUUAACAAAAUUAAAAAAAUACGAGAAUAUUAAUUGGCAACAAAAACAUACUGAUGCAUACGAACAGUUGAAAUCAACCAUUAGGGUAUACACUAACCCACGUUGUAAACAUAGACGAUCUCCGGACUAUUGGGGUGAUUAACUAUGUAAAAUACAAAGAAAAUAUAAACUGCAGAAAAUUAAAACUAUUCGAUAAACCAGAAAGAAUGAAUACAUGGUAUGAUGAUAAUAAAAAUAAUAGAUAUUUCAGAAUCAUUAAAAACGCACAUUAAAAUAUCGUCAUCGUCAAACUCUUUUCUACCAAUAAUUUUCUUUUAGAGGAUAUGAAAGGGUACAAAGUUGGACAAAAAAAUACUUUUUAAUGCUGAUGAAGUACUAAUACUGAAAUCGUAAUAAAACCUGUAAUUUCAUUGAUUAAAUUAUAUUAUAGUUUAAUGAGCCUGAUAACAUUUGUUUAUCAUCAUUAUACUAUUGAAAUCAGCAAGAAUAUAUGAAGACAACUGGUAAGGCGUAUUUAAUGGGAUAUCAAUAAAAGUACAAUAAAACAAGAAAUGGCCACCAAGUGUAGAAGAGACAGAAUAUCAAAGAAGUAGUAUUAUUUAAACAGUUUUAGAUCCCCUGCGCUGCUCUCUUCCUCCACUUACAUUACCAAUGUCGGGGGGAGGGUAAAUCCAACGUACACUAAUCUAUGGCGGGAAAGAGAUCCACUCCCCUCACCCACCUUUACCUAGCUCACCUAAGUAGAGAGGUGUAAUGAAACUAAACAUAAACUAAUAUUAUGCAAUGACAGGGGGACGAAACCCAAUACGAACUAACACAACUUUAUAUAUGUGUUUAUAAUAUUAUAUUAAUUUGUAUAAUUAAAAUUGCAUACAUUGUAUAACGCUGGAUGUUAUAUAGAGUUGGAUUGAAACAAACAAUGAUAAUAAUAAAAACCCGUUUCCUGAUUUACUGAAUACUUUAUAUAUUUUAUCUGAAUUUUUACUGGUAUCCCUAUCGUUAUAAAUGAUGACUGUAUGUAACACCUUUUAUUUAAUUUAUUUUUUUGCAAUUAAGGAAAUAAUCGUCUCAA